GAGCCUCCCCUAAGAAACUCCACCAUUUGAAAAGUGCCAAUUGAAACAGCUAUCCCUCCGGACCUUCCUGGGAGAAAAAUCUCAAAACCCAUUGACUUUAAUCUUCGAUAAUCAUCUCUUCAUGUCAAUUCUGGAAUGUUUGAUUUGAUCCUCUGGCAAAAGAGAAGACAGCAUUCCCUGGUUUUCUGUUUUUUCAAACUUGAGAAGUGGAAAUCCCAUUUCUCUCUCUCUCUCUCUCUCUCUCUCGUGAAGCUGGCCCUGUCUCUCUCUUUCUCUUCCAAAAUCCCCACCUAAAACCUCCCGAGCUCGAUCAAAAAAGAACCCAUUUGUUUUUCUCUUUUUUUGGGUUUUCCCUGUUCACCAUUUUCACUGUUUGUUCUUCUUGGCCGUGUUUGACCCGUUUGAGCUCAUAGGCAGAGAGGAAAGAAGGGAUUUUUACUUUUGGGUUUCCCUCGAAUCUUGAUUUUGUUGUUUCCCAAUUCAGUACGGGAGCAGUAGUAUGUACAGAUCCGGUGCUGUGAUGGCUUGGAACGUGUUCAAAUUCUGCACGGCGCUUCGCGGUCUCGGCUCGAUCAUGAUCUUGCUCGUCUUGGGGGUUGUCGGCGUCACCUACUAUGCCGUCGUGUUGACCAAUUACGGCCCGAGCUUGUAUGAGGGCGGGGUCGACUCCCUCGUCGCUCUUGGUGUCUUGAUCUUGUUCCACUGUCUGUUGGUGAUGCUGCUCUGGAGUUAUUUUUCAGUCGUGUUGACGGACCCCGGGAGCGUUCCACCCAAUUGGAGGCUUUCUGUUGAUGAGGAGAGAGGAGACAGCGACCCAUUGAAUGGUUUGGACUUCAGCAUUUUGCAGUCUGAUACUUCUCACCCGAGAGUACGCUACUGUCGGAAGUGUAACCAGCCAAAACCGCCACGAUGCCAUCAUUGUUCUGUUUGUGGAAGGUGUAUACUUAAGAUGGAUCAUCACUGCGUGUGGGUGGUUAACUGUGUUGGUGCUUUGAAUUACAAAUAUUUCUUGCUUUUCUUGUUCUAUACAUUUCUGGAGACAAGUGUAGUUACUUUAUCAUUACUCCCACACUUCAUCGCAUUCUUUAAUGAUGGAGAGAUACCUGGAACACCUGGAACACUUGCGACGACUUUUCUUGCCUUCGUACUCAAUUUGGCUUUCGCAUUGAGCGUCCUGGGGUUCCUGGUCAUGCACAUUUCCUUGGUUGCUGGUAACACCACGACAAUAGAGGCGUAUGAAAAGAAGACAACUCCAAAAUGGCGUUAUGACCUUGGACGGAGAAAGAACUUUGAACAGGUGUUCGGGACAGAUAAACUCCACUGGUUCAUUCCAGCUUAUUCAGAAGAAGACAUGAGGCGGAUACCGGCGCUUCAGGGUCUCGAAUAUCCAUCGAGGCCCGGUUUCGACAGCGAAGAGUUCUAAAGAGAAUUCACCAGGCGCUCUUAGAGAGGUUGACUGAUUGACCCGAUAGACACGGAGGCAUUUUCACUAACUGUUUGUACCAAACAAGGAUGCACCUUACUCGGGGCUUCCUUUAUGCUGCUAUCGUGGCUCUCCUCCUCGUAGAAAUAGCUAUGAGAGAGAGAGGCAACGAGGUGACCGCCGAUCUCCGGGUUUCGUUUCCAUGGUCUUGGCUGUGAUGUAAUAUAUGCUUUGUUUAAGUUACGCAAGUGUAAUGUCGGAUGUCGGGAAACUUUUCCCUCUAUCGAUUUAACACAUUCAUCUUUGAA